CUAAGAAAAAGAAGCGAUAUAUCAGUUUGGCCCGAAGUCAGGGGUCGAAUCCGGGCGAAUCCGGAAGCCUCCGCGAACGCACCGAUGUUGAUAAACAGAGGAGUCCGAGCAGGAGUUGCGCCCCUCGACAGUCAGUAAGCGAGCUGGGUGUGUUGCGUCCACGGUCGCGAGAGGAUAAUGUUUGGGGUUUAAUGCAAGUGUAAAUGAACUUGGUGUUCCUCUUGAGUAGUUUGCAGCAAUGAAGAUCCAAUUUGGUGAGAAGGGAGAGGUACCUUGGGAUGUGUUGUUAGAAGCAGUACAGAAUGAACAGAGACAGCAAGAAUCAGAACAAUUCCAAGAUCGUAAAAGUCUGUUCUCUAGGAUUCGUAAAAGAUGCUGCGAUUCAUGGCUUACUCUUGCAAUCCUUGUGAGUGUUGUGUUAGCAGCACAGGCUUGGGUUCUUUUGUACUUCACAAUGGGCCAUGCCUCCGUUUAUAAGCCAGGUGGACAUGUACUUUUAACAGACCAAUCUGGAAAGCUCCGUCAUGUUCAUUUCUCUUGGUCAAGUUGUGGAGGCGACUUAGACCCAGUAAAGCUGAAUAAACUGCAAGUGACUCCUGACCCAGUAUUGAUUGAAGGAAAUAUAACAGUGGACCUGAACUCCUAUCUUGGAGUGAAUGUUGAUGCGCCGAUCUCGGCUGAUGUGAAGGUUGAACGCCGCCUUGGCUGGGUCUGGGUGGAGGUGCCAUGCCUUGCUGGUCUAGGGUCAUGUCACUAUGAUGAUGUGUGCCAACUGGUUCCAUUUCCUCCUACUGAGCCUUGUCCAGACCCAUUCCCUAGGUUCAAAUUACCAUGCAGAUGUCCAUUCACAAAGGGACAUUAUGUUGUGAAGAGCGGAGUGUUUAACAUCCCAGGGAUUUUGAAUGUAAUUCCUGGAUGGUUGGUUUCUGGCGACUACUAUGUAAAAGGCGUUGGCUACCAGAACGGGAAGAGGCUUGGCUGCUAUUCAGUGUACGCAUCUAUUACUGACUAGGGAUUCUGUGUCGCGAUUGUUUGUGAAUUUAUAUUUGUGAUAGAUCAAUCAUCCUCUGUAAGUGAGAGGUACAUAUUAUGUAUCAGAGGUUUGAAAGUUUGUGUAUUAUUGAAAAGAGUAUAUUUUUUAAAAUUUGAUAUUGAAUUUUUAGUGUAGAUAUAAAAUUUUAGAUCUGUGGAAACUAUUAACCACAUGGUGAAUAACUGGUAUAUUUUUACUAUUAUAUUUUACAUAUUUGCUUGUAUAAUUAGAUGAUUGGAAAAGGAAGGUGUUAUGGAGGACACACAAUUGUAGAUUUCAUUUCAGGCAUCUAGGCUUUUUAACAGGAUGUAAUUUAAAGCAGCAGAUAACUUUAAUGAAUCUAAAUAUAUAUAUAUAUAUACUGCAUAUAUGUUCUAUAUAUUAUA